AAACUGCUCCGUAAGAUCGACUUCACGAUUGCCCCACUUUUGGCUGCAGUGUACUUCCUGCAGUUCUUAGACAAAACAACGCUGUCGUAUACGGCGGUUAUGGGAAUCAGGAAGGAUACGCAUCUUGUGGGGCAGGAUUAUUCGGAUCUUUCGAUGUUGUUUUACAUCGGGUUCCUCGCAGCGGAAUUCCCCACUCAAUACCUCGCCCAACACAUGUCUAGGCUCGGCUUGUACCUUGGCAUCAACAUCAUGCUCUGGGGUUUCAUCCUCGGCUGCCACGCAGCAUGCACCAAUUUCGCCGGACUAGCGAUUUGCCGCACGCUGCUCGGCGUCUUCGAGAGUUGCGUGGCGCCAAUUCUCGUCUUGAUCAUCGCAAUGUGGUACAAGAAAGAAGAGCAAGGACGCCGAGUAUCUUGGUUCUAUGUAUGCAACUCGUUGACCCAGAUCUUUGGUGGGUUACUCGCGUAUGGCGUCAGCUUCGUCAACACGAAAUUUGCGAGCUGGAGGAUAUUUUUCGUUGCUAUCGGGGCCCUGACUAUUUGCGUCGGGGCGCUGGUGUGCGUUCUCCUGCCUGACUCUCCGGUCAAGGCAAGGAGGUUCACGGAUGCGGAGAAGGUUGCUGCGCUGUUGAGAACGAAGGAUAAUCAGAGCGGAACUCAGAACGCGCACUUGAAGAAGGCACAGGUUUUCGAAACAUUCAAAGACGUCCGAGUGUACCUCGUCUGCCUCUGCACAAUGCUCAGCUCAAUCCCCAACGGCGGCCUCUCAAACUUCUCCAGUAUCCUCCUCACAACCUUCGGCUAUUCCUCUCGUCAAGCACUCAUUCUGAGUGCACCCAGUGGAGCAAUCGGCGCUAUCUGCGUCCUCGGCGUUGGAUACUUCUCCGAUAAAUGGCGAGACAGGUCAUCCGUCAUGUUACUCUGUAUCCUUCCCACCAUUCUUGGUGCCGGUCUCAUGAUCGGGCUUGACCCCAAUGGUGUCCCAAAGAACAAAGCUGGGCUGUUGGCUGCAAGUUUCUUAACUGGUACAUUUGGCGCGGCGUUUAUGUUGAUGCUGGCCUGGAAUGCCUCAAACAUCGCGGGCCACACAAAGAAAGUGACCAUCAACGCCCUCACCCUCGUCUCCUUUGCAACUGGCAAUAUCCUCGGCACCCAGACUUUCCAAGCCAAGCAAGCGCCUGGCUACAUUUCUGGGAAGAUUAGCAUCAUCGCUACGUUGGGUAUCUUGUGUUUUGUGAUUUUGAUUCUGAGGUGGUAUAACGAUAUGUUGAACAAGAGGAAUAGGAAGGUAUUGGAGGGCAUGAGUGAGGAGGAGAAGCUGGAUUUGAGGGAGAAGAUGGCGUUUGCUGAUCAGACGGAUAGGAAGAAUGUUUUCUUUGUUUAUACU